GGAAUUCUGUAUAGUAGAGUGGAUCCAAAUGGAAGAUCCGAACCGGAAAGUUCAAAUGGAGAAGUAGACUACUAGUCCAGUGCUGUAACCUUAAACCAAUUUGAAAGUAAGAGAGUCUGAGUCUCAUCUCAUCACUCCCAAAUCCCAAUAUCACCUUUACGUUUCAUUUCCCAAUCUCUCUCUCUCUUUCUUUGUAUUGAAAAACGAGAAAUAGUAGAAAUGGCUGGUAUCCGAUUGGCUCCGGAGGACCCAGAGCUCUCGUCUCAGCAAAGCCGAGGCGCAGUGGUCUCCGAUCUCAUCUCCGACGACGAGCGCUCCGUCGCCGCCGACUCCUGGUCCAUCAAGAGCGAGUACGGCAGCACUCUCGACGAUGACCAGCGCCAGACCGACGCCGCCGACGCCCUCUCCGCCGCCAACUUCCCCCCCGCCCCUUCCUCCGAUUACAGUUCUGACAAGGAGGAAGUAGAGGCUGAAGAAGCAGCGCAAUCGAUGCUAGGGCUUCAGAGUUAUUGGGAUUCUGCUUAUGCCGAUGAGUUGACUAAUUUUCGCGAACAUGGCCAUGCCGGUGAAGUUUGGUUUGGAGCUGAUGUCAUGGAAUUAGUUGCUUCUUGGACCAAAGGUUUGUGUAUUGACAUUUCUCAUGGUCAAUUACCGAAUCAUGUUGAUGAUACCAAGUCUGAGCUGGUUGAUCAGGGUGAUAAAUAUCUGUCUACAUGGAGUGUUCUUGAUAUUGGGACUGGCAAUGGUUUGCUUCUUCAAGAACUUGCUAAGCAGGGGUUCUCUCAUUUAACUGGAACUGAUUAUAGUGAAGGGGCAGUUCAGCUUGCUCGAAGCCUUGCUGAUCGUGAUGGAUUUGCCAAUAUUAAUUUUUUGGUUGAUGAUGUUCUUGAGACAAAGUUAGAAAGACAGUUUCAACUCGUCAUGGACAAAGGGACUUUAGAUGCCAUUGGGUUGCAUCCUGAUGGCCCUGUCAAAAGGAUGAUGUACUGGGAUUCAGUUUCAAGAUUGGUGGCAUCUGGUGGAAUAUUAGUGAUCACAUCGUGUAAUAGUACAAAAGAUGAAUUGGUGCAAGAAGUGGAAAGUUUCAAUCAAAGAAGAGUUGCUAUGUCCCAGGAACAUGAGAAGGAUGAAGAAGCAGGCAGAGAACCUCCCUUUCGGUACCUGAAUCACAUUCGUUCAUAUCCAACGUUCAUGUUUGGUGGAUCUGAGGGAUCACGUGUUGCCACUGUGGCAUUUGUCCGGAGCUGAAAUUGCAAGUCCUUUGUCAUUGUUGGAUAUGCUUCCCGUUAAAUGGUUUGAUACAGUUUAUGCUUCUUGUGUGUGGGUAGAAAAUGAAAAGUUCAUGACUUAAGGAAGUUCUUUUGUUUGAGAUCAUGAAAUUUGCUGAUUCAUGUGAAAAAUGCGAGGCUUUAAUUUGGCAGGGAACUUAUGGCUUCUUUUUGUAAUUAAGGAAAUUGAAUUACAGUGUUCCUUUUUUGGGAAAAAAAAUGAAGUAGAUUGUUCUUGGUAGAA